AUGUAUUCAUUUGAGGAAGGGGAUAUAACAACGGCAAGAGAAAAAAGAAGAACUACCGAAGUGAUUGAACGAACAGUAGAAGAAGAAAAAAUUGUGAAUCAACUUAGCGACCGUCAAGAGCUGAUCCGUGAAGAAAUACUCUCACCAGCUGCACAGGAGAUUGUUCCUUUAGCAGGACCUCGGAAACCUGAGCUACUGCCUCUUGAUGACGAAAAAGUUCGCGACGAGUAUGUUAUGCUGUCAGCGCAAAGUGAGGAGGCUUAUCACAUGGAACCUCAGCAAAUGAACUUAAUACCUACUGAAGACGAGGAACUGCGUGAAUCUUUUGAUGAAUUGCCCGUAGCUUCAUCAGAUCAGGUCCCACAAAUUCCUCCUCAGAAAGUGGAACUUAUUCCAAUUGAAGAUGAGCAGUUGACUGAGACUGUGCAAGGAGUCGUGCAACCAACAAGUGAAGUUGUAGACAUAAAGAAGGCGCAAGCAAUUGAGAUGAUACCCUUCGAAAGCGAGGAGUUACGUGAAUCUCUCAGUGAAGUGGUUAUCGCCACA